AGGGCGGGUCUCAAGGAGUGACCAUUGAGGGUGCGGCUGCUGGAGGCGGCGGAUGUAUCAGGAUGCAAAGAAAUGACAAUGCCUUUAGUUCCAGCCUUCCAGAGGAAGUUCAUUCAGCAGUUGACGUCCAGCAUAAUGUCUGUAGAGAAAGUGAUUGCCCACCUCAUCGUGAUACAGGAAGACAAUGUAGUGCUGUGAAAGAGUUCUGUAGAGAGAGAACAAGUGCUGAUGUGUCCAGAAAUUUAUUAAAUAAUAGCAGUGGUAAUUUGGAGAAACGUGCAGAGUCCCAGAGCCCCACACAGAUACAUGCAGACACUGGUGGUCGGGUCCUGAAAGGCGAAUCUGUGGCUGCUGCUGCUGUCCCACCCAGAAUGUUUUACCUUACUCCAGUCUUGAGAGAGACCUUUACUGCUGUAGGAGCUACAAACAAGGCCUAUAGUUUCAGAGAGAUAUUGCAGUUGUUGAAAGUUUACCUGUACAGUAACCGUAGUCUGUUUGACCCCAGUGACGUCCUUUAUGUAAAUUGUGGGAAGGAUUCUCUUGGUCAAGCCUUAGGAGUUGAACGCUUCCACUAUAAUGAUGUUAAGCCUUUGUUAGCCAAAAAUAUAAUUCCAGCAGAGAUGGUGUGUGAGGUAACACGUACAAAGUCUCUCCCUCUUUCCAUAAGUGGAUCUGGUACCAAAGAAAGAAUAAGGGAUCCAAAUUCAAGAAAUGAUUUAGGUUCCAACCAUUCUACAUUAGGUGUAAAUAGCAACACAAGUGAAACUAAUGACAGAACACCACUUUCGCCUGAUGACUGCUCACGUACAUGUAGCAAAACAUUGGGACAUACGAGUGCUUCUGGAACUUUUGAUAAUCCACAGAAACCUCAACAUAUCCAGGGUUAUCUGACAACCUUCCCUGUUCCUGGGUCAUCAAGACAAACGCCAGAAGAAAUAACAUACAGAAAGUACAAUCAAAAUAAAGUCUUGCCUAGUACUUUCAGAAAGUCGGCAUUUCCAUACGUUGUCAAGAGUGGGUCGGAAUCAGAGUCUACAUACAGCCUCAAGGAAUAUGAAACCGCAUUGUGUUUUAACACAGACUAUGUGGAGAGUGAUGCGUGCGUGGAGGACAAUGAAGCUGAUGACGACUCCGUUAUUGAGAAUGCUGGCGUUGCAGUGUUGGCUCUCCACGCUCUGUGCGAGUCUGAGCGAGACUUCUGGCCAGAUGAUGAUAACGAUACAGACGAGUCGAGUGAGACGGACGACCCGGAGCUAGUGGCCGAGAGUUGGUACUGUCUCAGCUGUAGUGAGAAAAACAAGCCAUUUGUACGAUACUGCAGUAAAUGCUGGCAGCUAAGGAAAAACUGGUUACCAGAACGAUCGAAGAAACACAAGAGAAGAAAACCAAGACCAAAGAAUAAGAAAAAGUCUAAGACCAAUGUUGAUAUAUCUCAAGUGGAUAUUUUCAGGCCUUGCCAAAUAAAUUCUAAAGUACAUCCUCUCAUCAAACAAGAUAAGCAAACUCCUAACACAAGAGACCCCUUGUGUUCAGAUGUGUUGACAGACAACGCGCCCUCAACAAGUUAUUCUCUGAAUCGCUGUGGAUCACAAGAUUCUGAUAUUUUCUCCUCGCAGGGAAAUUUGACUGAUCUUAGUCAGGAGUUAAAACAAGAAGGCUCCCAAGAUUUAAAUCCUGCUUGUUAUUUGUCUGAUUUCCCUUCAACAAAUUUCAAGGAUAAAUCUUUUGCAUCUCAUUCAGAAAAAUUGCCUCAUUGUAGGAUAACGACAAAGGAGAGUGCUUGCACUUCGUCACAGGCCUCCAGUGAUCAAUCUGAGGAGUUGAUGAAUACCAAAGAUUUGAAAAUGUCAUUUACAAAGAAAACUGCGAAAGCGACUGAAGAAACAAAACGGUUUUUCAAGUUUUUGACGUCGAAAGGUGGAAUUAGAUGGCUCAAUUCUGCAGAUGGCAAAUGCUUUUUGGCCUCUCAGACUUUCCAGGAAGUGCUUAAGAAAAAAGUGAUCAGAGACUCAAGGAAUAAGUCAGUCAUUGACUUACCUCAAUCUUCAAGAUGGGGUUCCCUUCUAUGCUCGGUGUGUAACAUGUGUCCUAAAAACGCAUCAAUAAUACAUGGCCGGCUUAGUCACCAGGUAACGUGUUAUCGGUGUGCUCAACAUCUUCUGAAUAGUGGCUUACCAUGUCCAGAAUGUCAUCGAAAGAUUCAUAUGGUUUGUAAACAUAUUUUAGUAUGAUAUUGGCAUUGUAGACUUUAUCAAUGAAUGCAAAAUGUCUAAUUUAUGCAGAAUAACAGUGAAAAAUGAAAGGUAAAAAGCUUUGCACUUUUAACUCAAUUGAGUUGUUCAGAGCAAUAAAGUUGUUCUGAGCAACAAUUGAGUUGUUCAGAGCAAUUCAGUUGUUGCUCUGAGCAAUAAAGCUCUGAAAACUCUAGUUUUCAGAGAUGAAUUGGAAUGACUCAAUUGAGUCAAAAGCACCAAGCUGUUUGCCUUUUAUUUUUCACUUGGUUAUUCUGCAUACUUAACAUGUGUUUAACAAUGGAUAAAUCAUUUUGAUAUUAGAUAAAUAUCUAAUUUAUAAAAUAAUGAUCUACCAUAGACAUUCACUAAAAAAACUCUCUCUUGCCGACACCAUGUAAUAUCUUGCUUGUAUUUUGCCAUGAAUGGACAUGUGUUAUAACAGCGCACGUGUUUGCUUAAUAGCCGCCAACACCGCUGUGCACAAGAAAUAACAAAUAAAAUUGUCUUGUAAAAGUG